CGUGGAGACAUAUAAGCAUAGGGAGUGAUCCAACGAUCAACAACCGCGAACUGAACCUUAAUGUUCUAGCAUGGAACCGCUGUGCCUCACCAUGUCCAAGGGUUAGAUUUCCCUGCAUGCACCGAACACGACUCUAGUCGUGCGAUGAUGCAGGGCUCUCCUGCUCCGGCUAGCCACAAACGGUUGUGUACGGGCCAGGGAUUGCCAUAUUGUUGGAAAGUUGGAUGAUUUUCGGACACCGAUGUCCACAGUUCCCAGUACCGACGGUAUCUAGGCGAGCGUCCGUGACAAUGGAUGGCAGUUUGCUCGCCACCCCAAGGUGGUUCGUGCAUCCUUGGUGUGAACGGUGUGCAGAACACUUGGUGUUGGUGAGACCCCGAAGGGCCGACCAAACAAAGGGCGUGUUGUCAUCCCCAGAGGUGCAUGUUGGUCGUCAUCCCUGCGCGUGGCCUUGCCUGAGACAUUACCGUAGCCUUGGCAAUCUAGGGUUCGGCGCGAUUGUUCGUUGGUGCUUCAUGAUUGUGUAUGGUGAAAGAAUUCGAAUCAGGUUUCUUACCGCACCCGGCAGCAAUUGUUCCUUCUCUUGCAGCGAAUCCUGCGAGUACGAAGUCUCAGUAAGCAGAGAGUACCUAGUUUGCUUACUGCGGGCGUCGUCCCACUGCACGUCCAAAGAACACCUCCGAUCUCCACGGUGAGCAGUCCACAAACCAUACAUCAGCCUGAGCUGCGGGA